UAUAUCUGGCCCUUUGAGGACAGCCGCUAUGCUGAUGUGGCCCUCGGUGGAAAUGAGUUUGACUGCCCUGCUCUAAACCCAUAAACUACAGCAACAACACCAAGCAUGUCUGUUUCUGUCUGCAUAGAACAUCCAGAAAAUGCAUCAUAUGUCCAGAAGAGGGCGCUGGAAACCAGUUUUUCUGACCGGCUCCCGUUCAUUUUAGCUUCUCCAGUCAACUUCUAGAUGAGCAGAUGAGAACAAAGCUUCAGUCUGGAGGAUUUUAUGGUGGAAGGAAACAUUUCAAAUAUUUGUCAAACAGACCAAAACAAUCCAGAAAAGACUGAACCCAAAGGUAGAGAAGCUGCUCUUUGUGUUUCAGCUCACCUUGGCACAAGGCCCCAUGCCACGCCCACUAAGGGAUGGAUGUGCGUCUGUGAGCUUCCAGCGCUCAGACAUUGAGACUGUGGACACUUUGAAUCACCUGGUGUUGACCUGAUGCAGACUGUCCUCCCGACAGCAGACAGAGUCCUGCAGCAGCAGCACGUCCCUGCAGAGAGGCCUGCAUCCAUGCUGAGGUUAGCACCAGCUGUUCUUCCUCCUGAUGUUGUUGGUCAUCACUACAGGUUUUUUUCUAAAAAGGCUGUAGAAAGACAGAAAGAUCCCUUUUGUGUGAUUAAUAAGGUUUUUUUUAUAUCAAUUUAUGUUAUUUUAAAUCAAAACCCAACAUUUAUAAGAAAAAUAAUUUAUUAAAAAAUGUCACUUAAAAUAGAAGAAAUGUGUCAAACAAACCAUCCUUCCUGUUUUACAGGUAUGUCACAUGUUUCAUUUAUACAGCCCAGUAUUACAACACAGUCGUCGUAACAGUCCUCACUAACUGUACCAAACAGAAAAAAACUAUAGCUGAUUGCUAAACUAAACUACUCUAAACAAAGCUAAGCUAAGCUAAACUAAGCUAAGUUAAACUAAACGGGACAUCUCCACCCUUGAACCUUCCUUCUCGGUAAGGAAAUCCUCCUAAAACAGGAUUUCGUUAAAAAAAGAAGAAACAUCAGGGGUGUCCACAUAAAGGACACCGCUAGCUCCACAGAGAAAGUGGGCGUGUCUAUUACCCUGGGGGCAGCGCAGACUCUUCCUGGACAUUUGUGAUGUCACAAAUAUGAGGACCCACUGGUUGAAUACGCAGAAAUGCAUGAAUGGAUCCAAAUACCACUUUGGGUUUUUCUUAGUGAGGAAUGAAGAUGAGAAAACACUUAAAAGCUCAGAAAGUGGUUUUGUAUGAUGUAGCCGCUCUAACAGCGGGGCAGUUCUCAUCUUUAUGGGUGAUGAUGGGGCAUUUGUGGUUUGGGUCGGAUGUCACUGCAUAUUUACUACGUUACUUUACUGUCUGGACCUGGCAUCACUAUCAACAUCUGUAAUGAAUGAGAGUGGGUCUCCAAACAGGCUUAUUAGUAAAAACGGGUCAUUCCUUCCAUCUGGACCCAAACGAUGAUCAAAGCAGGUCUGGACUGUUAAUCACUGAUUUACAUUCUUUUCAUGGGGAAUUAUUAAAGUUCAACCAAGAAAGAAAAAAUAAAACCAUAAAAGUAAAAAAGAAAGUGGUCUAAUCCUCCUUUCUAACAUUACAGGUGCACACAGUUGCUCCUUUCCAGACUAAAGAAGCAGGUUUCCAAAGAUGAGGAUGAGGCUCCACAGCUGCGAUCUCUGACCAUCUUUUUUUUUUGAAGAAGAAGAAGAAUUGUGGGAAAGUCUUUCUGAUUGGUUCUUUUCUCCAGUGAACACUGGGACUUUGGUACAAACGGGUUUUGAGAGAAGAGUCUCUUCUGAAGGAAGGAAGGCAGAGAAGGAGGCAGAGAACACGUGCGCGCGCGCGCGCGCCUGCAGAUCUCGCGUACAGUUGGAGCUGCUGCUCCGUGUGAGGAUGAUCCUCCUCUGACCGUCCCGGAGCUGACGCGCCGCUGAUGCUGCGUGUUCUGCCGGGUCAUCCCCGGUCCGGACGAACCCGUCUCUCCUCGGUUCUGAUCCUCCCGGUGAAGUUGACUGCGGCGCCAGGAACUCGUGCAGAUCCGCUCACGGAGCGGCGCGAGGAGCAGCCAGACUGGUCCUGUUUUUCCCGCUUGGGCCGGUGUUCAUCCCCUGCUUCACACGUCAGUGGAACCUUCCAAUCUGCUCUGACAUUCAUGCUAAUCUGAUUAGGAAGAUUUCCUCUUCAUCAAUGACGGCCAAGAUGGAGACGCCUUUCUACCACGACGACUCCUCUGCGACGGCCGCCUUCAGUCACGUCACCGAGUACGAGCAUUACCCGGGAAACAAGACGCCGAUGAGCAAGAAGAUCAUGUCGGUGGCAGGCAGCCAUCCCUUCCUCAGCGCCACCAACAGCGUUCCAGGAGGACGGGCCGGGAACCACAACCAUCUGGGGCUCGCCGGUAACAGUGCCCUGCUGACGUCAGGCGCCUCCUCCGACAUGAACCUGCUGAAGCUGGCCUCCCCUGAGCUGGAGCAUCUCAUCAUUCAGUCCAACCAAGGACUGGUCACCUCCAGCCCGGCGCCAGGUUCCACCAACCCUUUCAUCUACCGCGGCCAGGCCACCAAUGAACAGGAGGGGUUUGCAGACGGCUUUGUCAAAGCACUGGCAGACCUUCACAAGCAGAACCAGCUGGUGGGAGGGGGGCACAUGUCUCCGUCGUCAUCCUCCAGCGUUUCCCUUCAAACGUCUUAUCAAAGGAGCUUGAUGUCGGGGGGAGACAUGCCGGUCUACACCAACCUCAGCAGCUACAGCCCAGGCCAAAUGCCGUACUCUGGAGGGCAGAUGGCGUUCAGCGGAGGUUCAGGUGCUCCACAGCCCCACCCUAGAGGCUUGGAUGCCCCUCAAACUGUGCCAGAGGUGCCUCACCCCGCAGGUGACCCCACCUCUCCACCGUCACUUUCUCCUAUUGACCUGGAGACACAGGAGCGAAUCAAAGCGGAGCGAAAGAAGCUCCGCAAUCGCAUUGCUGCAUCCAAGUGCCGCAAACGGAAGCUGGAGCGAAUCUCCAGACUGGAGGAGAAGGUGAAGGUCCUCAAGAGUCAGAACUCGGACCUGGCCUCCACCGCCGCCAUGCUGCGGGAGCAGGUAGCUCAGCUCAAACAGAAGGUCAUGAGCCACGUCACCAAUGGCUGCCAGAUCUCCGUCGGAGCCACGUCCUCCUCCAAAUCCAGAGGCGGAUGCGCUGGAAGUGACGUCUGACGAGACGAUGAAGGGCAUGACGGCACGCCUGCAGGCUGGAGGGUCACCACCUCGGUUUCCACAUUUUGCUGGAGCCGGCGGAUGUCGUGAGCUCAGAACUUUGGUGCCAGCGCGGCAGAACCAGUGGAUAUGUACAGAGACGCUCCUCAGUCCCAGAGGGUCUGUCAAUCAUCCACACAGAGGCGGGACUUACAGAACAGGUGCAAGACAAGUCUGGGAACACCUGGGAUCUUUUUCUGGAUCCGACAGAACAGAGGUUUUUGGCUGCUGUUCUGCAGGACUCACUGUACAAAGUGUGUUAUUUUGUGGUUCUGUUCUUUAAACGGCUUAUUCCUUCAGUGACUAACAGCUGUGCUGCACAGGGAGAACACGGAAACUUUCCAAGAGGAGAAAGACUUUCAAAGACAGUUUGAACUGAAACUUCACUUCAGCUCGUGUCUUUAGAAUCAGAAUCAGAAUCAGAAUCAGAAUAGGUUUUAUUGCCGGGUUCAGUAGAGCGCACUUUACAAAACGAGGAAUUUGUCUUGGUGUAUAGUACAAUUAAAAUAAGUUAAAAAAUUAAAUUAACACAACAACACACUAUAUACAGUUGAGUAAGGUGGGAGCACAGGUGGGCUGGGAUGGUCUGUAAGUAGCAGCGAUAGUCCUUUGGUGGGGGUAACCAUCAGAACAGAGAAGAGUACAGAUACUUGAGGUUCAUUUGUAAUGGGAUUCUAGAAGACCUUUUUCCUGACUCCUCUUCUAAUUUUGUUCAGAAGGUUUCUGCAGCUGUAGUUUGGGAUUCUUUAAGAAAUCAAACCUUCACUUUCAAACAGGAGGUCAAAUAAUUGAAUUAGAUUGAUGGAUUCACUGUUGUUUAACAGGAAAGUUCCUAGAGAUCCAUUGAUCUCUGAUGGCAAAGCAGUUUCCCACUAAGACAUUUCAUGUGAUUUCAUAUCAUUCUGAAUUCAUGUCAUAGAAUCAUUGGAACACACAGAUUGUGUGUUUAUUCAUCAACAAUGCCUCUUUUUUGACUGACAGCUCUGAUUUGACUGCAGUUCUGGGGAAGUCAGGUGUUUCUCUGGAAAUGUUGAGGUUUUUUGGCAGCUGUUCCUGCAGAAAGUAGUUAUUAUCGGCUGAAUUCAAAGGUUUUAGAGGAUUGAUUUACCAGAAAAAAAGUCUUUGGUUAAAAGUUUUAGUUAAGAAAUCGGAUCUUUGUUCUGAAAACUAAAUCCAGACAAACAAUCAGCUCCUUUUCUGAACUACUGUGAAGAGAAACCGUCCAAAUGUUGGAAUCAACGUUCUAGGAUGAUGGCUUCUACGUUCACAUUUCUGCAAAAAGGACAAAUAAAACGUUUUAUUCAGAUUUUCUGAUCAUAAUGUAACAAUAAAGAGGAAAAAGAUCUCCGUGUUCUGUUAGGAUCCAGCACAGUGGAGACUUUUCCUUCACAUCUGUGACAUCAUUUCUGUCUUUUUGUUCAUAGAAUUAUGAUCCCUGAUCAUCAUUUGUGAUAUUAAGUAGAUUUGAUAUUUAUGUGGAACGUUCUGAAGGUUGUGGUUUUUGAUGUCAGCCUGAAAAAACAGAAAGGAAAAGGUCCCCCCCCCCCCCGGGUGAGAUCACUGGGACAGACAGCGGGUCUUUGCAGACCGUUUGUUUUAGGAAACAGGUUUUUGAAGACUCACAUAUCCAAAACGCCAUCGCAUGCUGAUAAUCUAAUUACACGCCACGCGGUGAGCGCAAAGGUUUACGGCGUCCUGACAACUUUUUGGCUUCGGUCCGCUGCCGCCCGGGCACAUUUGGAGGUCGCAGGGGGGCAGCCCGGUUUAUAUACCCCUGGUGGUUGGCGGCUUCCAACCAACCAAAGACUGAGUAAAUGUCUCUGGACGGCGGCUGGUUGGCGUUUGAAAUGGACAGCCGCGUCAGAGCUGCUGCCAGCCGGCGAUCCGGCUGCCACCGCCCUGUGGCCAUCCAGCCGUCGCCCGAUUCGGGGACGGCGUCAUCCCCGGCUGACUGACUGACGCCUGAUGGCUGCAUUCAUGACUGUGCCAACAAUUUCCCAAAAAUUGGGCGGCGAUGUGAAAUCCUGUAGAUUCUGCCGACGCCCUCCCCAUGGCGCAGUGACAGGUGUACUUGGGACCUGGGGGGCUCACGAGUAUUUUUACUUUUAUCAAAGGGGAUUCUCAUAAUAACAGAUUAAUGGAUGUUUCCGUUUAUGUUAUUCAAUGUUCUGGCAUCAAGAAGUCUCAGAACUCAGUCGGACAAUAGAAGAGAUUUUGAUUUUUGGUCUAUUGGAGGGUCUAUUGCCCCCCUCCUCCUGUACCGAGUAUUAGAGGUGUAGUGGUUCUUUUUGAUAGGAUGUCGUCUAGUUUGGUUGUUUUCCUGACAGCUGGACGGGGAUCUUUAACUCCUCUGACACAUAAAUGUAGAUGCUUCGGAUGCAGAGUGGAACCCCAACAGCUGGGUGCUGCUUUACCUGAACUUCUGCACGACACUGUGAAGCCCACUUACAGGAAGUGGAGGACUUUAUUUAGUUUGUGGAUCUGCUAUAGAGUGAGCUUCUGUUGCCUCACAAGAGCAGCUCUCCCAGCAAACACUUCAUUGUUUUGACUCCUAAACUUUGGUUUCCGUUUUAUGUGUUUGGAGGACCUGACUGCUGUCGGCCAGAGAAGAGAAGAAAGAACUAAAACCAUCUUUGCUUCUGUCAUCAACAGACGUCAAUCAAAACCAAGGACAUGUUUUUAAGCAGCAAAUUUAAACCUGGAAAUAUAGAACGAAACCAUUGAAAUGAUUUGUGAUUUUGUCCUGUGACACUGAUUUGAUCGUCUUUGAUUCUAUUUUUGUAAAAACCUGCAAAUGUACUUUUCACUCAUUUUACGAUGUUAGUCUGUAUGUUUGAUUACUUUAAAUACUAAUACCUUUAUUUAUUAUGAGUACUUUGGAAUACUAUGCUACGUGUUUAUGAACUUUUGUAUGGAUAAUUGUGUCAAUAUAUCUGUGAAUGAAAUCUUUAUUUGUGUUUUUAUUUCUAUCUAUCAGCUGACCCAGACUAGACCAUUUUAACCUGGAACUACUGACCCGUUCUAACCAGAGCUGCUGUUCACAUGCAGGAACGCCACACAGCCGAUGCCAACUGGAACGUUCAGCAGAACUGAUGUCUGCAGCAGAACAGAGGACGUCUCAUUGGAAACUACAAAGUGGUCGGAGACGCUUCUUUUAGAAAAGAAUGUGGCUCCUCCUCAUUUCGAGAGUCCGUCGACCUUGAUCACCUUAAAUUAUUGAAAAUGAGCCCAAGUGUGGAUGACAAAAAUGUUCUGGUCUUUGGAAAAUAAUUCCUGAAAAUGUGAUGCAGAAGUUUUGAAAUUAAAGGAAUUCAAACCUUUU